GAAAGUGGGUGAAAACACUCGACGGUUUGGAGAUCGAUCUAAACUCAACUCCAUAUGCGGUCUACCAUGUGCCGAGGUUCAGAGAAACAGAAAUUUCUACCUACAGUUAAACUCGUCUAGGUUUCUUUAAAUCAAGAGAUUCAAAACCCUAAUGAUUUUGUAGAUCAAGGGUUGUGCAGUUACCACUCCUCGAAUCUAGGGUUUUUGAAAUUUUCAUAAUUCGUGUAGAACCAGUGUCAGAAAUUUUGGGUGAUUAUGAGGAAUUCAUCUUCUCCAUGUCCAUCUACUUCUUCUACUUCUUCAGUUGUCACACCUGAAGAUGUUCUUGAAUCAUUGAUGAAUGAUGGUACAAUUGAUGCUAUUAGACUUAAAAUCAUUGCCCAAUUAAAAGCCAAUGAGGAGCUAAAGAAAAAUACAAUCACAAUGGUGGAGCAGAGUAAGGUUCUUAACACACCGGGUGCAGAGAAGCAGACGAAAAGGGAGCUGUUUGAUGCACUAAGGCAUGAACUUGAGACUCCAGUACUUGACAAAGCCUCAAAAUCAGUCUGGGAGUUGAUGUCAGAAAAUGAAAUGUUUAUGAAGGAGAUAGGCGAAACAGUUGAAAGAGUUUUUUAUCGGUUGAGUGGUCAAGAACCCUUGCCACUUGCUCUUCCAAAUGGCGAACUAGAAGCGCAAGAACAACCUGAGCAGGAAAACCAUGAUGAGAACGGAAACACAGAUUCUCUGUUGAAGAAGAGAAGCUUUCACGAGAUCAGCGUUGAAGGGAGUGGUGCACCAGGUGAAUUUGCAGAUGGUUCAGGUGAACCGCUAUCAGCACCAUCCGUGCCUGAAGAUUCUUCUACUUCAAUGCCUUUUUCUAAUGUAAAGCCAUGAUUCACUUUUCACAAGGUAAUAGAAAAAUGAUAUGCUGAUUUGAAACUGUGAGAUUGAGUAUAUGAUGUUGAAGUACAACGCCUUAGUAUGCAUUGCUCCCGAAGGUUUUACUCCAUUAUUGGUCAAUCACAUUA